AUGAAUCUGCUCGCAGGCUGGCUGCCAUCCUCGCAGACUGUCUUGGACUUCCUGCAUGCAGUAUUCUUAGGAAUUAUUGCACAUCUAUAUCUUGACCUUCUCUUCAAGGGUUACAUGUUCUCCGGUAUCGGAGGUGAUGAUUCCCCCAAACAGAAGUUUGAGGACACAGUGAACUCAGUGCGAUGGCUGAGUCAUGUCACUCGGCUUCCAAAGAACCUUGGCGAGAAUCAAUCAUUGAAGAAGGCUGAUGAAUGGCACCGGCUUCUUACCAUCAUGCCAAUCCUACUCUGGGUGUGCUGGAAAGAUGAACAUGACCGCAUAUCAAAUGUCACCCCACCUAUUCCUCCAAAUGCGAAGACACGACCUACACAUUCUCGUAAUUGCAAGAGCAUCUACUUCGCAAUUCUUCUUCUUUGUGCAGGUGUCCGUAUACUAGCCUCGUGCAAGAUCUCUAUGUCGCAGGCUCAAAUUGGUCAAGACUUCCUGACACAGUACAACCGCAAGAUGCAGGAGCUCGGUGUCGACCUUACAAUCAACAACCAUCUGUCGACUCACUUCGCAAAAUUCAUCAAAUUAUUUGGGCCUGUCUACGGUUGGUGGCUCUUUGCCUUUGAACAGUUUAACGGAAUGUUUGAGCGAGUGAAUACUAACGGUCAUGACGGGGGAUGCAUGGAGCUAACUCUCAUGUGGCACUGGGUACAGUGCCAUCUCAUCUAUGAGUAUCUCCUGGCACUACCUCCCGAAGCUCAUUCAAAAGAACGCGAGUACGUCGAGAGAGUAAUCAAGUCAGAAGGGCACAGUCAGUGA